AAACAACCCCCAGCUCAAAAAAGGGGGAUGACAACAAAUGUGAGCAGUGCAAAAAAAGCUGCUGCCAAUCACAAUUUGCGCUCUUCACUACGAAUUAGUUACUCAGCAGUUGCUCAACACUCGUGGCGCUUAGCUCUCCCAUUGUUGUCUACUUGCGAAAGAGAGGCAGAGAAAAAACCCCCGCAAACCAACGACGUCAUAGCAAUAGCAAUAAUGGCUUUGGCCAGCGCAGCAGGCGCUCUGCUCAAACCACAGACGCCGCUCCAGCAGCUGCUCGAGGACAUCAACUUCCAGCGCACCAAGGAGAUGCGACAGCUGCUCAAAGAUGAUGGUGGCUUUGUGGUGCUGCAAGGUACAACUUACUGGACUGAUUUGUUUGUGCGUCAUUUUCUAUUUCAAACGGAGCCCGUGCACAGCAUCGACUCGGAUGAUUUGCUCUUCUUUGUGCGCAAGAAGCACGUGAAGAGCUCCUCGCGCCACAUGCCCAAAUAUGAGACUGAAGUUGAGGUAUUUCGCAAGGAUUCACGCAAACUGCCCAUUGGUGAUCCGGAUGUGGACUGGGAGGAGACUGUUUACCUGAAUAUGGUCAUACAUCAGUUCGAUUACACGCUGACUCUGGCCAUUUGCACAAGGACCUCGCCAAAGGAGCUGCAGGUGCUGCGUCGUCACUCGCAGCGCGUCUACGCCAGUCCCAGUCGCAGGAAAAUGGACACCAAAGGCGAGGGCGAAGAGAUCACAUACCCACACAUCUGCUUCAUGGUCGACAAUUUCGAUGAGGUCUUCAGCGAUAUCCUGGUGCGCGAUGGCGAAAUGGUCUGCGUCGAACUCGUGGCCAAUGAUAAGGAUGGCGCCGUUCAAGGCGUAAUUUUUCUCGGUUCCAUACGCUACGAUGCGCUGAAGAAGGUCUACGAUGCUAGACAAUCGAGUCUGAGCUCCAAGGUAGCGCAACGCAUGUCCUUUGGCCUAUUUAGCAGCGGUGCUGGUGUGCAGACACGCUGCGAAUUCGUGCGCAUGAAGGGACCGCAGGGCAAAGGACAUGCCGAGAUGGCAGUGACCAAACCGAAAGGCUCCGGCGUCGAGACGCCCACCAGCGAACCGGGCUUCUGUGCCACCGAUAUGUGGGACGAGUGGGAAGAGGAGAACGAUGACUAUUGCACGUAUCGGCAUCAACGUCGUCUCAGCGAUCCCAGCGCCAAUCUCAAUAAUUUCUCACGCUACGGCUGGCGCACCAAGAACACCGGCCAGGACAUGGUGACCAGCGGCACUAGCUCCAGCGCCGGCGCUAAAGCGCGCUCCGAGAACGAAGGCCUCGACUCCUUGGCCAGCGAAGUGUCCGAAAUCGAAGCGGGCGAUUUGCGCGACGAUCAGCAACGUCCUGCUUUCUCGGCCUCCGCGGCAAAACUGCACCCAAAUCCGAAUUGUGAAACGCUCAAGCCAGCAGCUGGCGAGUCGCCAAUUGUCCCCGAAUCCCCUGAUCCGGCGGCAGCUAGUGCUGUGCCCGCUGUGACACCGCCGCCGCUCAGCGUUGCCGUUGAGGUAACCGUUCCGCUGAAUAGCUCCGGCGGCAACAACAGCAGCACCUCCACCGGCUGCAAUUGCUUUGGCGGCAAAAAGUUCAAGAAACGCUGGACAGCGGCCGGCGCCACCUGUACCCCACAGAUGUCCGAGGUUUAUUGUCCCAGCUGCGAGGAUGCGUCCAACGAGACGCCCGCCUGCCUCAGCAAAAUGCCCGACAAACGACCGACACGCCUGAAGCCAAAGCCGCCCAGUUUACUGUGCGUCGAGAGCGAAUUAGUGGUCAGCAAACGAGGUAAUCUACGUCUGGGCACGGACACUAAGCGCAAAGCCAGCAAUAUAACACGCAGCGUAUCCUUGAGUGCUGCGGAUCGCAGGACAAGCUUGCCAAUGCCCAAAAAGGUCGCGGUGCCAGCGCGAGUGCGUUUAGUCAAGCCCAAGGAACUGGACAAGACGAAGGAUGCGGAUAAGGAUAAGGAGAACGAUAAAAAGUCCACGAAUCAAAAGACAAAUUUGCUCGCAAAAAUUUCGCCCAAAAGGCUGCGCAGUGCCAAACCCAGUGAAAAGGACAAGGAAAAGGAGAAAACCAAAAAGGAGCAGGAUAAAGAUAAGGACAAGUCCAGAGACAAAUCCAAAAUGGCAAACAAGUCGAAGACUGCCAGUAAUAACAAUAACAAUGCCAAGGCGGCGGCACCCAAAACGGAGGAAUACGAACUGGCUGAUGAUGCUACCUCGCUGAAUGGCGAUGCCUUGGAUUGUGCCGGCGAUGGUGCCGGCGCCGCCAAGAUUGCCAUACUCAGCGAGAGUGACAGCAAGCUGAUGAUAAGUGUGCGCGGCCGUGAGGAGCUCCCCGUGGUGGAGCAAACGCCGACGCCACCGCCGCCGCUAACAACAACAACAACGCAAAUAUUUGAAAAGUGUUUACUUGUACCUGUGAAAUCAGAGAGCCAUCCAUUGCAGCCGGCGACAACGUCGUCGGACAGCGCAACAAACAAUGAUAAUAAUGAGGAGGAUAACGAAGAGGAGGAGUCGGUACCAACAGAGCAGCAAUCGCUGCUCAAUGGCGAUUUGGCGAAUGGCAAUCAAAUGCCCAUGCCCACAGCGGCUAGCAGUGCCACAUUGCCGCGCACCGCAAAGCAAUCGUACUACAAUAAGGUGCUGCAUCUGGUGCCCAAGCGUCGCACACCGGACGGAACCAAUAUCUACUAUUGGUGUGAUCUGCCCAAAAGGGCGCUCAAAGAAUUGGAUGAUGGCGCCUAUAAUCCCUUGUGGACCAGUCGUGGCUUUACGCAAUCCUUUCACUUCUGGAAGGAAAAUCGAAGGCAGCAGUCUACUCCGCUCAAUGCAUUCCUUACCUAUGUCACACUGCCCUGGUGGAGCAUUGCCAAGGAUCUGCUGGAUCAUCGAGAGACGCCCAUACUGACUUUUUAGUAUUAGAUGUUGCUCCAUGCUUGUGAUUUGCUGCUUAACAAUGCUUUAAAGUAUUAUUAUAUUCUAUUUAUUUACACAUGUCACAAAAUUUUUGCUAUAUUUUAACAAUGUUUAUUUGUAAUUUUUGUAAUUGUUAAUCUGUAAUUUGUAUAUCCCAAUAAGUUGUUUGCUCAGCUUUACUUACUAGAAUAUUAA